GCCGGGGCGGCUGCUGCGGGAAGGCUGGGCAGGGUUAGGAGCGAACUUGGAGGGUCAUGCCGCGGGGUCGUCUCUGCGCCUGCGCCGCUUCGGGAUGCUGAACCUUGCAGCGCUGCUGUGGCGCCGGCUCCUGCGCAAGCGCUGGGUGCUCGCCCUGGUUUUCGGGCUCUCGCUGGUUUACUUCCUUAGCAGCACCUUCAAGCAGGAAGAGAAGGCGGUAAGAGAUCGGAACCUUCUCCAGGUUCAAGACCGCGAGCAGCCCAUUCCGUGGAAGGUCCAGUUUAACCUGGGCAACAGCAGCCGCCCCAGCAACCAGUGCCGAAACUCUGUUCAAGGGAAGCAUCUCAUCACGGACGAGCUAGGCUAUGUCUGCGAGAGGAAGAACCUGCUGGCGAACGGCUGCUGCGAUAUCAAGGUCCCCAGCACGAAGCAGUACUGCUGUGAAGGGUGUUUGGUCAAUGGUUGCUGUGAAGCCUAUGAGUACUGUGUCUCCUGCUGUCUGCAGCCCAGCAAGCAACCUCUGCUGGAACGCUUCCUCAACCGGGCAGCCGUGGCCUUCCAGAACCUCUUCAUGGCGGUUGAAGACCACUUCGAGCUGUGUUUGGCGAAGUGCAGGACUUCCUCGCAGAGCGUGCAGCAUGAGAACACAUACCGUGACCCCGUAGCCAAGUACUGCUACGGAGAGAGCCCACCGGUACUCUUCCCCGCGUGAGGCCCGAUGGAGAGACACACACAGAACCGGUCUGGUCCACGUGAGACAAUGAAGGAGAAAGCCACGCGAGGACCCUUGGCUUUGAGCAUGUCCUGUGGCACCCAGUGUCUCUGACUCCCUCACCGCCAGCUAGAGCAGACAGAGCUGUUCUAUAGAGCAGGCCGGAUGAGGCCCCGGCACCUUGCCCGGCCGUGGGACGGCUGCGGGGCCACGUGCUUGAUCCCCUGUUGUAGUUACUUAAUGACCUCAGAGUGCUGGAAGACGCACUGUUUUGUGCAGGACACCCUUGCCGGUGCAGUUGGACACACUCAAGGAGGUGACUGCUGUACUUGGUUCCUUACCGUCACAAGUGACGUCGUUGCUGCACCAGACCCAAGUGUGUCUCCAGGAGUGUGGGUGUACGGAAACACCUGACCAGCAGGCCUUGUAUUUAUAUCCCAACAUCUAGGGGUGUGUAGAGCCUCAGAGAGGUGCUGGUACCCACUGAUUCUGUGUAGAGCUGCCCUGGUGUGCUCAUAUCCCUGAAAUGGUCGGAGGCCUGAAUCCCCCAUGACUCUCCCGGUGGAAUUUGCUGCCACUGUGCCCCUGUGGAAACCCCUCAGCCUUGGGGCAGGGGAGCCUUUCCCUUGUCUGUCAUAGAAGCCGGUGGGGACCUGGUGAAUGCGGUUUGUGGCACUCUUUCAUUCUUACCGCUCACCGCUCCUGGCUGUGUGCCAAAGGAGAGCUUGUUAAGCUCCUACUGCAGCCAAAAGUUUAACAUCCGCUCUCAGUGGGAGAUGUAUGUGGUGGCCACGCCAGAGAGCAUUCCAAAGGCAGGCCGGUGUCCAGUGCUUGCAGGGGUGGGCAGUUGUCACCGGUAACGGAAACUUGGGUUUCAAGCACCAGGGCAAGACUCCUCCUUCUCAACUCUCCUGUCUUUUUCUCCAGUCUCCUAUAACACACACGGCUCUCGGAGACCGUUCACUGACCCUUACAGAGGCCAUGGCAUUUGUGGUUUGGGUUCAGGUUGCCCUGGUGUCAGGCAUGAGUCUCCAGAUUUUCUCCCAGCAGCUUCAUAAAGCCGUGUCUCCCAACUGUGUUUGCCUUCUGCAUGGAAUUUCCUUCAGCUGCCUCCUGCUUCCUCUUCCUGCUCACCUGUGUGGAAGGAAGGACAGGCUGAUGGGCAUUGUUCUCGCUUGGUGUCGCCAUGCUGGGAUCAGAUCCAGGACUUUGUGUGUGACUGGCAAACUUUCUGCUUACUGAGCCCUGGUCCUGGCCAGGGAAUCGAUUUUUAGUGUUAGAUCCCAGUGAUUCUGUUCCGUUUGCUCUGGACUUCUUAGUGUGUGGAUUCAAAGUUCAUGAAAGAACUGGGUGCACCUGCACAUUCUGGUGCUUUCUGGAAUGUUCUGGCAUGUUCUGACGUGUUCUGGCUUGCUUGCUCAUUCUUUCUGAUAACUGGGAGAUAUAUAAUUUAUUUUUAAGACAGGGUCUCUCGUAGCCCAGGCUGGUAUCCAACUCCAUGCUUGACACCAGCCAUAAACUCCUGAUUGCCCUCUGUACCUGCCAACUGCUGGGGUUAUAGGUGCCUGCCAGCUGCCUGGCUCAUCAGGCUUGUAAUGCCAGUCUACCCUUGGUCAGCGUUGAAGUUGGUCAGUCUCUCCCUUGGAAGAGUGCCGACACGGGUAUAAUGUAAACAUCAUGCCCGUUGCCAGUUCUCUCUGACCUGUACAGUCCUCGAGUUUAUAGUCCCUGAACAGUUGAGAUCAAGAAUCCAGUUGGCUUGUGUUUCACUCGGGAGAUGAGGAAGUAGCUUCCCCUCCCAAAUCCCUGCCAAGACAGAAUAAUCAAAACCCACAGAAGAACUUCACCUCGAAUCCCGCCCACAUAUCCUGCGGUGUACCUCCGCAUCAUCUCCCCUGAGAACGGACGGCUUCAGUUAUCCCAGACAGGAGAAAGCGGCAUUUGCAUCCACGCCAAGUAGUAAUGCAGAGGUCACUUCUGAUUGACUGUGGAAUGUGGAUUUUGUGUUUUAAUCACGCUGGAAAACACACACACACACGACUGGGGAAGUCUGGGGAGGGGGCAGGGUGAGAAGAGCCGCAGGUAGGAGUGGUAUAGAGGAAGCCCGGAGGCCAGUGUUCAUGUCGGUAUGCUAAUAGGCACCAGAGUUAGGUAUUUGUCCUCAGUUUUUUUUUUUUUUUGGACCUGAUACUAAUGAUAAAAUAAUUACCUAAAAAUCACACAGCCUAGAGAUAACCACCAGCUAUUUUCGACUUCUCUGUGACUUUCCAGGCAGAACAAACAAAAAUCCCAGGGCAUUCUUCACCCGUGGAAACACUGCCUGUGAGUCUGUUGUCUGCAGGCCCGUGUGAUACCCAUGGAGGACAUCUGGUGCCUUCCAUGGGGGUGGCCUGCUCUUACUGAGCACCAUUGUUAAUUCAGCUCCUGCGGCCACUUCUCCACAGGGGUUGGAGGUGUCUGUCUGUCCAUCCCUCAGUCCGUUUCAUGAGCUGUUUUCAGUGUUCCAAUUUGUAUCUAUUAUUAUUAUUAUUAUUAUUUUUAAGAUCAUGAGCCUAUGUGUACCAGCUCAUACUAAAUAAUGAGUUCUGGUUUGCAAAGAGGAUAUUUUUUUUUUUAAACUUAAGAUGUUUACGGGGCAGGUGAAUUAGCCCAGUGGUUGAGCACUGGCUGCUCUUCUCAUGGACCUGGGUUCAGUUCCCAGCGCCCACACAGGGGACUCACAGCUGAUGGGAUGGGAUGACCUCUUCUGACUGUCACAGGUAUCCUAAUGUGUGGCAUACAUUCACACAGACACUACAGACACACAAAAGUAAUGUAAUAAAGAUAAAAUCUGUAAAAAGCUAAAUCACAUUUAAUUAUUGGGGGUACACACGUGCCGUGGUUUAGGUCGGAGGAAAAGUGUUGCAAGUUGGUACGUUUUUCCACCAUGUGGGUUCGGGCAUGGAGCUCAUGGUGUCGGUCUUGGUGGCCAUGCCUUGGCCCACGGAGCCGUCUUGCUGGUCCUGCCUGAGUCUGUGUCCGUAAGUUAAAUGAUAAAAUACACAAGUGCUAUUGAUUGUGUUUAUUAAGUCGCAGUGAGCGGAGCCCCACAUGGUUUGAUUGACCAUUUAUUUUGUCUUUCUUCCCAUUGGUUACUACAGAACAUUUUGAAAUGAACUGAAACCCUAAGUAAUUCUCCCUCUCCCCAUCGUCUUCUUUUCCUCCUUUCCCCUCUCUUUUUCCUUUGAGACCUGGUACCUCUGUCCCAUGCUAGCCUCACACUCUCCAUCCUCCACCCUUAGCCCCUGGUAUUUAAACCUCAGCUGAGCUUCUCGUUUAACUUGCCCUUCGGCGACACUUUCAAGCAAUUAGCUCACGUUCACAAACCCAUCUUUCUAAUAGAUCUCGGGCCGUGGGUUUGUAACAGGGGGGCAGCCCUUCCCCCACUCCUGACCCUCGGGAGACAUUUGACGAAAGUGUCUAGUCUCCUUAUAGCUGGAAUGGGGACGGUACCACUUGUCCCUAGUGUGUGUGUGUGUGGGGGGGGCUCAGUGAUGCUACUCCCUGGCCCACAGCGCCUCAGACGGUCACACACACCAUGUAGGCUGGCAGUGCUGAGCUAACUGAGCCCAGCUCUGGGUCACAGCUGCACCCAAGGCACUUCCCUACCCUGGAGUUCUACCGUGCUGAGUGCUGAUUAAAUUACCUGUGUUCCCCACAGGACAUGCUCACGUGACAUUGCAUUCCUGCCUGGAGGCACAGUGUGGUUACCCUGCACUGUGUCCUUAGCGAGCUCACUCUCCACACUUGUCUGCAGAAUGAACUGAAGGUUUGUGACCUGUUGGUAGAAUGGGGCAGGGGGUAGGACUGGGACUGUCCCUGCAGCUCUGGCUGCCAGCAUCACUGGUUUCUCUCAGUCUGCAGAUCCCUCAUUCAGAUGUGAAGGUGGUUUGGUCUGCCACUGCUGUGAGCAGGGUGGUUAGAGCUGUGCCACCAACUCUGGACUCUCAGCUGAGCCUCAGCAGCCCUCCAAAGAGGUCCAACCUAGGGUUGUUCCCAUUGAGAGUCCAGAACUAAGAAACAAAGACACAGCCUUAAAUACUGCAAAGAAACAGAUCCAGCAGGCUGUGGUGAUAGCAUUGGGGCCGUAAUCCCAACACUGGGGAGGCUGAGGCAGGAGGAUUAUUCCUUAGAGCUCAGCCUGGGCUUUACAAGAUGAGACCCUGACACCAAGUAUAUAAUCAACCACAGAAUUGAGCUGCCAGUGAAAAUGCUGCCAGGACAAGCAGUGUCCAGAUGUCUCCAUGUGCCUGUCAGCUGUAUUUCUCAGGACCCUGCAUCCCGUGGGGGCGAGGGGGAUCAAACAGCAGCACUAGAACUCGGUGGUUUUGUGUGGUGUGGAAUGUAAGCCUAGAGUCAGAAAACACUCAGAUAACCUGCAGGCAGGCACGUGUGGUGUGGGCUAACUGGGAAAGAAAUCCAUGUCACGGACAAUGAGUUCUAGACCACUGACCAUGCCUGUUCCAAGAUGUGUGUGUGUCUGUGUGUGCGUGUGCAUGCGCGUACAUGAGCAUCACACGAAUGUGUUUGUCCUGUCCUGUGUGGACAGAUCUAUUGAGUUGUAGGUGUUGAGCCAGGUAUGGUGGCACAUGGUUUAAUUGCCGGUACUCAGGAGGCUGGGGAAGGAGAAAUCCAAGUUCAAGGAUAACCUGAGCUUCAUAGUGAUGCUUGUCUGAAACACACACAAAAUUGUUUUUAAAGUUUAAUAAAAUACUUCCUUAAUCAGA